AUUAAUUCAUAUCAUCUCAACAACGCGAUGGCGUACGCGCGAGCUGCUCUGAUCGCUGACGAACAAUAUCCAGGAUGACUGUGCGCAUAUAAACCAGAGGAGCGAGUGCAGACUUCCAUACUGUAUCGAGCUCCUCACACCACUCAUCAACUCAAUUGACAUGCCUGCUCUCCAACAAGCAAAGUCCGCCAAUGCGGCCCUCGUUCCGACGACGUACACACCCGUGCUCGUCGUGGUCGGCGGCACCUCAGCCAUCGGCGCGGAAGUCGCCAAGGCGUUCGCGCGCCACACGCAGGGCAGGGCGCACAUCAUCAUCGUCGGCCGCAGCGAGCGCUCCGCGCGCGCGGUCCUCGACGCGUUCCCGAAGCCCGAUCUCGGCACCGAGUUCUCGCACGAGUUCCUCCUUGCGGACGUCACGCUCAUGAGCGAGGUGCGCGCGCUCGUAGCGAAGAUCAAGGACAAGCUGCAUGCGCUCCCGGGCGCCGGGCGGAUCAACUAUCUGUUCCUGAGCGCGUCGUCGCCGGUGUCGAAUUCGCUGAUGAAGGCGGCAGUGACGAAAGAGGGCCUGGGAGAGCAUCUGGCGUCCAAAUACUUCGCGCGAUACCUGAUUGCGCGCGAGCUGCUCCCAUUGCUUGCGAAAGCGCACGAGCUGGACCAGGUGGCGAGCCUGAUGACCGUCCUUGCUGCCGGCAACGCAGUGCCGCUCCCGACGACGGACCUCGACCUGGCGGAGUCGCGGAGGGCAGGGAGGAAGUGGCUGGAUGGCGCGUUCCCGCGUCUCGAAGCGCUCAAGGGCAUGCAAUAUGCCCUGCCAUACAACGAUACGCUCGUGGCGCAUUUCCACGCAACGAAUCCUUGGCUCAGCUGCACGCACACGUACCCGGGCCAGGUCCUGCCUCCAGGAAAGCCGGGGUUCGCGUUCGGGUACCUGAUGCUCCCCCUCACGGGGCUUGUGCGCGUGCUUCGGUACUGGACCCAAGUGCCCCUCGGGGACUGCUCAGAGUACCAGCUCCACGCGCUGCUUGCUCCGGGCAAGACUGGCGGCGUGUUCCUGCGCGGAAAGCAUGCGGAUCUGAUAUCCAGUGUCACAUUGGAUAGGGAGGUGGUGUUGAGUGAGUCGGGGGAUGAUUCUAUCGGCGUCUUGGCUGGUCAUGCUGUGGGUGGAUACGGCGGAUCCGACGCGAGGGUGGCUAAGCUGAUACACUGGACGGAUGGCGUCCUCGAGAAACUGCAGAGCUGAAGCUGGAUUCCUCAUCAUAUUCACGCGGAUUUUGUGUCUUGCACUGCAAUGAAAUAGGUCCUAGAAUC